AUGAAUAGCCAAUACAUUCGUCAUGAAGUGCGGGGAUGUGAAACUAGUGACCUAAGGAACUUCUGGGAAAAGACCAUUGAAAAACAAACUCGCUAUCUGCAAAUUGAAAAAGAACGUCAGCAAAGAAGUGCUUUGACAAAGCUCAGAAAUGAAUGGAUGGAGAGGCUGGAAAAACGGAUAAAGAUGUUGAGGACCCAACCUGAAGACUCAUCUAGCUGA